UCCGGGCGGGGAGGCGUCUUUGCCACUCUCACCGACUCAGCCCCUAGCAGCGCGGAACUACAGGUCCCAGGGUCCUUUGCGGCCGCCGUAGUCAAGUGGCCGGUGGAAUUGGCCCAGGAUGACAGCUGGAGAAUGGAGUCAGUUUUAUCCAGGUAUGAAAACCAGAUUACUAUUUUUGCUGACUACUUAGAAGAAUUUCCAGAUACAGAUGAGCUGGUAUGGAUCUUGGGGAAACCGCAUCUUCUCAAAACGGAAAAAUCUAAGCUGUUGUCUGAUAUAAGUGCUCGCCUAUGGUUUACAUACAGAAGGAAAUUUUCACCAAUUGGGGGGACAGGCCCUUCAUCAGACGCUGGCUGGGGAUGUAUGCUACGCUGUGGACAAAUGAUGCUGGCUCAGGCCCUGAUCUGCAGACACUUGGGAAGGGACUGGAACUGGGAGAAACAAAAAGAACAACCCAAAGAAUACCAACGGAUCCUCCAGUGCUUCUUAGAUAGAAAGGACUGUUGCUACUCUAUCCAUCAAAUGGCACAAAUGGGUGUAGGAGAAGGGAAGUCAAUUGGCGAAUGGUUUGGACCAAAUACAGUUGCACAGGUGUUAAAAAAACUUGCUUUAUUUGACGAAUGGAAUUCCUUGGCUGUUUAUGUUUCCAUGGAUAACACAGUAGUCAUUGAAGAUAUCAAAAAAAUGUGCUGUGUCCUUCCUUUGAGUGCCGAUACAGUGGGUGAGAGUCCCCCUGACACUCUGAACGUGUCGAACCAGAGUAAGGGCACCCCUGCGGGCCGCCCAGCCUGGAAACCCCUGCUGCUCAUUGUGCCCCUUCGCCUGGGCAUAAACCAAAUCAACCCUGUCUACGUUGAUGCGUUCAAAGAGUGUUUUAAGAUGCCACAGUCUUUAGGGGCAUUAGGAGGAAAACCAAAUAACGCCUAUUAUUUCAUAGGAUUCUUAGGUGAUGAGCUCAUUUUCUUGGACCCUCACACAACCCAGACUUUUGUUGAUACGGAAAAGAAUGGAACGGUUGACGACCAGACUUUCCAUUGCCUACAGUCCCCGCAGCGAAUGAACAUCUUGAACUUGGAUCCUUCCGUAGCGCUGGGAUUUUUCUGCAAAGAAGAAAAGGACUUUGAUAGCUGGUGUAGCCUUGUACAGAAGGAAAUCCUAAAGGAAAACUUAAGGAUGUUUGAAUUAGUUCAGAAACAUCCAUCACACUGGCCUCCCUUUGUUCCUCCAGCUAAGCCAGAAGUGACAACCACUGGGGCAGAAUUCAUUGACUCUACUGAACAACUAGAGGAGUUUGACCUGGAGGAAGAUUUCGAGAUCCUGAGCGUCUAGGAUAGCAGAAACGCGACUUGGCGGUCUGUCUUCCAGCUGGUAC